UUUCCCCUUCUUUUUCCCAAAAUCGAUCCCCCCAAUUUCCCCAAAUCGGCAGCCCUCUGCAGCCCAUACUCUCUAAUUUUGUUCUUUCUUCUUCCUAAUUUUUUAUUUUCUCGGUUGUGGCGGUGGUUUUAUUUUUGAACGAUUCCACGAUUUCACGAUUUCACGAUUUUUUAUUUGGGUUUUUAUUUGUCGAGAACUUUCUUUGGUUUCUCCGUUAAAAAUUGUUCAUCUUCUCUUUUUUUUUUUUUACCCUUUUCAUUUGCAUCGUAUCCAUUUGUCUAUCAUCAUGCACCUAUUUUCCAUCUUAGCUAAGGCGAUUUGGGAUGUUCUUUCAAUCAAAGAAGUGAUAGAUAUUAUAGAAUCUGCCCCAGCUUGUUCGUCUGCUGCUCGAACCUUGGUUCAAACAGCAGUUCGAGCAUGGAGAUACAAAUAUCCGACUUCAAAAGUUGAUGACUGUGCUGUUGUAAUAAUAAGGUUUUCUGUUGCAACGCAUGAAUUAUGAAAGGCAGAGAAAGAUGAGAAAAUUAUGACUGUGAUGUGAUGUUGUAUUAGUUAAAAAAUGGGAUUUCUUGGAAAUUUUCUAGAUCAGAUGCAAUGGGUUGCAUGGAAGAGGCUUUUAGCUUUUGAGAACAUGGGAGCUUUUCUUCUUAGUGUGGGAACUAAAGGAAAACGAUAUAGUUUACCUAAUUCACGGGUAAUGAUACAUCAGCAUCUUGGUGGAGCUGAAGGAGGUCAAACUGAUAUUGAUGUUCAAAUUUUGGAGUCGCGUUACGAGCUCGGGGAUCGUCAGCAUAGUCUAUCACACUAUCGACCGUCUUUGGUAUUUUAUAAAUUCUGAAUUCGAACCUAUGGCAUGUAUAGUCUAGUUAAUAUGUUUAAUUUUGGGAUAUGUGAAUAUGAGCCUUGCGAAAAUGGCUUACUCAUUUUGGUUAAGCUUGGUUUUAUCUUUUUGAUCUAUUUGGUAUAAAUAGAUGAUGUUUAAGCUUAUGCAAAUUUCGGUUAUAUAUAUGGAAGUGUGAUGUGUUUAGCAUA